CUCUUUCCUCUCCCUAUGGAGUUAAGCUCGUGUCUGACCACUAAGAAGAAAUGGGGUCUGGCUUUGUGCGUGCUCCGCCUGCGUCACAGGGCCCUCCGAAACAGGCCUGAGACCCAGCAGAAAGCCCCGGUGAGUGCUCCUCCUCCCCCACCGCCCCCUCCGCCUCCCCCUGAGCCAGCAGGGCCACCGGAGCCGGAGGAGGAGAUCCUGGGCUCCGACGAUGAGGAGCAGGAGGACCCCGCGGACUAUUGCAAAGGAGGGUACCAUCCGGUGAAGAUCGGGGAUUUGUUCAACGGGAGGUACCAUGUGAUCAGGAAGCUGGGGUGGGGGCACUUCUCCACCGUAUGGCUAUGCUGGGACAUACAAGUGAAGAACUUUGUGGCCAUGAAGGUGGUGAAGAGCGCCCAGCAUUACACAGAGACGGCCCUGGAUGAGAUCAAACUGCUGCGAUGUGUGAGAGAGAGCGACCCGGGUGACCCCAACAAGGACAUGGUGGUUCAGCUGAUAGAUGACUUCAAGAUCUCUGGAGUCAACGGAAUACAUGUGUGUAUGGUGUUUGAGGUACUAGGUCACCACCUGCUGAAGUGGAUUAUUAAAUCCAACUACCAAGGUCUGCCUCUACCAUGUGUCAAGAGCAUUAUCAAACAGGUCCUGCAGGGUCUUGACUACCUCCACACUAAAUGUAAAAUCAUCCACACGGACAUCAAGCCAGAGAACAUCCUGAUGUGUGUAGAUGACGCCUUUGUUAGGCGUAUGGCCAUGGAGGCGACCGAAUGGCAGAAGGCUGGAGCCCCCCCACCGUCUGGAUCAGCAGUUAGCACAGCCCCCCAGCUCAAACCGGUGGGGAAGAUCUCCAAGAACAAGAAGAAGAAGCUGAAGAAGAAACAGAAGCGGCAGGCAGAGCUGCUGGAGAGGCGGAUGCUGGAGAUCGAAGCCCUGGAGAGAGAGGCCGAGAAGAGGGAGGAGAGAGCCAAAGACGGGGGAGAGAAAGGCGAGCAUGAACACAACCUGUCUUCACCCCUGCAGCCGCCACCACCGCAGCUGGGCCCCAGCAUGGCUCUGGGAGAGAGCGACGAGGAUGAUGAUGAUGACGAGGAGGAUGGGGAAGAUGAGGAAGAGGAGGGAGGCGAGAAGGAGAGGGAGAGAGAGCGGGAGAGAGAGAGGGACAGGCCCAUCAGGUUGACUAAUCAUACAUGUGCGGCGCCUCCCCAGGAGCAGAGCGAGGCACCCCACAUCACUGAUGAAGACCCUGAUGAGGAGGUGGAAGAGGAGGACGAGCCCACGCAUACCGCUGACAAAGAUGCCCCCAUUCUCCCGACCACAGACGCUUGUGAUGGAGAUCCAACACAAGCAGAGGUAGAGGGCAAGGAGGGGGAGGAGGAGGAUGAGGAGGACGAAGAGGGGUUGAAAGGGGCAGAGAAUGAGGAAGAGGAGGGGGAGGAGGAGGAAGAAAAAGAGACUGAAAGAGAGGAGAAUGAGACUGAGGAGCCAAAGAGUGAGAGCAAAACAGAGGAGGUGGUAGAGGAAGAGGAGUCGAAGGAGCAGGAGGGGGAGGAUGAGGAGGACGAGGACGAGGACGAGGAUGAAGAGGAGGAGGAUGAGGACGAGGAAGACGAGGACGACGACACGACCACGGAACUCCUCACAGAAACCACCUGUCCCAUCAAACCCCACAACAACAAAAGCAAUUCAGCCAAAACCAAUGGUCACGUUUUGUUGGGACCUGAGGGACUGAAACCAAACCCUGGCAACCCCCCCCCUCCCUCGCCCACCCCCGAGCAUCUCCUCUGCCCCCUGGUGGAGUCCGAGCUCAGCUACACAGACAGGGACCACUCUCUCAGCUCCGGUUAUGAGAUGUAUAAUGGCGACCUGGGCGAGCCGGGGCUUACCAACGGUGGCAGCGACCGCCACCCGGCCAUCAUGCCUCUCUUCCCCGACUUGCCCCUGGAUCCUAUGCCGGGAAACCCCACUUCUGUUGGAACGGCAGACAUUGGAGCAGGCCAGUCACCCAACAGCCCCACCGCUGACCGCAGUCGCACUGUGUCGUCCUCGAGCACGGGAGACACACCCAAAGUCAGGGCCAGAGCUGCAGAUCUCCUGAUCAACCCACUAGACCCGCGCAACGCUGAGUCUAUUCGAGUCAAAAUCGCGGAUCUCGGAAAUGCCUGCUGGGUGCACAAGCACUUUACAGAGGACAUCCAGACGAGACAAUACCGUUCCAUUGAAGUCCUGAUAGGAGCUGGUUACAGCACUCCUGCAGACAUCUGGAGUACUGCCUGCAUGGCUUUUGAGCUGGCUACUGGAGAUUACUUGUUUGAGCCUCACUCUGGAGAGGACUACUCCCGUGAUGAGGACCACAUAGCCCACAUCAUAGAGCUGCUGGGCUGUAUUCCGAGGCACUUUGCGCUCUCCGGAAAAUAUUCCCGGGAGUUCUUCAACCGAAGAGACCACAUCGCUCUGAUCAUGGAGCUACUUGGGAAGGUCCCACGGAAAAUGGUCGCUGCCGGGAAGUUCAGCCGAGAGUUUUUCUCCAAGAAAGGUGAGCUGCGGCACAUCACCAAGCUGAAGCCGUGGUCCCUGUUUGACGUGCUGGUGGAGAAGUACGGCUGGGCACACGAAGACGCCGGCCACUUCACCCAUUUCCUUCUGCCCAUGCUGGAGAUGGUGCCCGAGAAGAGGGCCUCGGCCGGAGAAUGCCUCAAUCAUCCCUGGCUCAACUCGUAGCCGCAAUCUCUGAUCAGACGCCCUCCUCCCCUUGUCCACCAACAGUUAGCCCAAACAUCAGCUGCUGGUGGCAGCCUAUGGAACAACAGCAUGGAGACAAACAGAGUCAGAGUAGAUGAUUAAGACUUCUUCUUUCUUGCCCUAUCCCACGCAUCCAUUACAUGCUUAAUCUGAGUAGGCUUAAGUCCCACACAAGUCCCUCAUCUUUUCCUAUAAGGAAUGUGAAGACAAGCUUAUGGAGAUAACAUGACAUAGUAGCUGUGUUUUCCAAAACAUCUCCCCAAAAGAUAAUUUGAAGAUGGAUGCUGCUCACGUAAAUCGGAGAAGUCAGGCACUAUCUGAAAGUGAUUUGCUUUCCUUCUUCUCUUCUGUCAUCAAGAUGUCAGCCAGUCCCUUCCAUCUAAUCUCCUCCAAAUUCUCAGUUUUACCUUGUUUGGAUCCAGUCAUGGACCACUGACAGCUGCUGAUCUUUUUAAUGACGUGAAAGAAAAGUCAACGAGAAGCUCCAUCUGCCAUGACCUUUACAUAGCCAGGGCCUCCGAGACGGACAGGUUUGUGUGUUUUUGGGAGAGAUAUGUGCCUGUGCUCAAGAUCUGCCAACGUGGACCCAAGUUUACACCAUGAUUUCUUCCAAAAAUCCGAUCCCAAAAAGCCCCUCUUACAUGUUUGGUUAUCCAUUACCCCCCUCCUAAAUGAGCUGCUCGCUCCUGCUGGGGGCCACCUCAGAGAACUGGAGGGCAGCCAGUCCUCCAGGGAGCACCCCACUGACAGUUGCCACUCUGACAAAGACGAACAGAAAAAGUGCAGGAUGAGCAAAAAAAAAAAAAAAAAUUCAAACAAUUCAAUGCGGAGGAAGACCGCUUGGUCUUUAAAGACUAUUUUUAAAAUGCAUGGAGAGACUGAUGGAUCAGCAUGAAUGGAUAUGUCAAAGGGGCAAUGGAUGCAUUAUUUUAUUUGUGCAUUUCGCUGGUUUCUUUCCCAUUUCAUCACCUCUCUUGGACAUACGGUCAGAAAGAAUUCUGUUAGGAUAUUUUGGUGCCCCCUCUGAGGAAGCUAACUAUGUUACAACCCCUUCUUCUCCAACUUUUGACAUUCCUAAAUCUUGGUCCUGUGCCAUCAUUCCUGACUUUGAUUUCCAGGAACACUUCUGUUGAGUCCUUCUGUGGCACGUUUACCUGAUCUGAUUGGUACUAUCCCCCCCUUUUUUCCCUAUAGAGGAACCCUUUGAUCCCUAAGCUACUCCAGAAAGGGGAUGGUCACGUGGAUGUUGCACUUGUCUUUGUAGAUGUCCUUCAGGGAUUUGAAACCUUUGUACAUAGAACUGAGAUCUUGCAACGCAGAUAAGCAACUGUGGACAAAGUUUCAACACACAAGCAUCAUUCCAAAAACAGAAGAUGAUGUUGGCAUAUCUUGACUUCCUCUGAUACAAUGGGGGGCGGGGAGGCGGGCCGCCAUAGCUCCGGCCCCGGAGGAAUGUUCAGACUGAAAAGUGCCACCUGGUGGCUGAAUGAGAGUACUGCAUUGCCACACACUGCUGCUGCUCUCAGUGCCAACGCUCCAGACGUUCCACUAUACAGUAUCUCUCCACUUAAUCUCUAUUUCUCUGUCACACACACACACACACACACCACACACACACACACACUUGCAUCAUCACAAUUAGUCCAGUUGCCUAUUUUUCGCAAUAAAUGAAAAAAAGAUGAGUAUAAGUAAAUUGUGAGAUAUUUUUAAAAACUAUUUAAUUCAUUAAAAAAAAGAAAACAACUUCUCUCUGGUUGUUGUGACCGUGACAGAAUCUCGUCUUAUACUGAGGUGAUUGUGUUUGUCUUUUAGAGAUGUUUUUAUUUCUUUUGUCAUUAUUAUUAAUUAUUAUUAUUGAAAGAUUUUUUUACACAGCUGUCACCUCUCCCCUCCCUCCUUACUUGAACAGUGCUGCUCUGUCGGGGCUCUUGAUGGUGAAUCACCAUUGGUGAUACAAAAAAAUUCAACAGUUUUGCAAUAAAGGGUAUGUGAUGAGUUUUUUUUGCACCAAAACCUCCUGAUCUCACUCUUUCAGCCAUGCUGACUGUUCUUCCUGAUGACAUUGACAGAAUCACGUCUCUUGUCUGUGUUUUUCAUUGACAGAUUUAAUAAAAUUGUAAAUUAAUGGA